AGUACAAGUUUCUUCAUUGAUGUCAAAGUAAUUUUUCCUUUUUUUAAUAUUACAAUUCUUAAAACAUUUUUAAUUAAUUUCCAUUCCUUAUAGCCAAGGUGUCUAUAAAUAUAGUUACUGUCUUUUUCUUUGUGGAAACAGCUCCAAACACAACUUGAUCAAACAUCUUGCAAAUUAAAAUGGCAAAGCUUGCUUCAAUUGUUUUGAUUUUCAGUUUAAUAAUAGCACUUGUUUUGCUAUCUUCAUGCCCAGCAAUGUCUCAAGAAGUUGACGAUGAGAGUGAGUUUAAUUAUGAUGAAGAGAGUGAUAAAGGACCACAAAAUUGGGGGAAUAUUAAACCAGAAUGGUUCAUGUGCAAAAAUGGAACAAAGCAAUCACCAAUAGAUAUAUUGAAUCAAAAGGUCCAAAUUGUAUCCAAUUUAGGAACACUUCAAAUCAACUACAAGCCCUCUAAUGCAACUCUUAAAAAUAGAGGUCAUGAUAUCAUGCUGGAAUUGAUUUCAAACUCAAGCUACCUACAAAUUAAUGGAACCCAGUAUAUUCUUAGACAACUCCAUUGGCAUUCUCCUUCGGAACACACCAUAAAUGGCAAAAGAUUUGAUUUAGAGUUACAUUUGGUACACCAAACUCCAUCAGGAAAAAUAGCAGUGAUUGGGAUAUUAUACAAGAUUGCAAUACCAGAUCUUUUCUUGUCAUUGUUGAAAAAGGACUUGAAAGCAAUUUCUGAAAGUAGUGGGGCAGAAAGGGAAAUAGGUAUAGUUGUGCCUAAUCUUAUUACAUUUGGCAGAAGGCAGUAUUAUAGAUAUAUUGGUUCGUUGACUACUCCACCAUGCUCUCCAAAUAUUACUUGGACAAUUAUUACAAAGGUGAAAUCUGUUUCGAAGGAGCAAAUUGAAUUGCUUCGAGUUGCUGUUCACGAUGAAUCAAACUCUAAUGCAAGACCAUUGCAACCAGUAAAUGAGCGACUAGUGCAGCUGAAUAAAUAUGGACUCAGAGUAUGAAGAGGAAGGAAUCGACAAAGACUAUUUGGCGACUUGAUUUGAUAAUAAACGUACUUGUAGUAUUCAUCAUCGUGUUUAGAUUUUUCUAGUUACGAUGUCUCAGUUUUAAUUGUCUUGUAGUAAUAAGCAUGAGCUUUCACUGUAGAAUUCAGGACAAAUUUAUUAUGGCAUGUGCUAUAUGUAAGAAUAACUUGUCAUCUCUUGAGUCACUAUUAUAAAUAAAUUAAGAAUAACAUGUGAAAUGAAAUAACAUGUAUAAUCUUUUCUUC